CGCAAUAUCACUCCUUCUGUCAAACAUGGCUGUGCUUUUGAAGAAAGAAAAAUGCUGAAUUGUGUUGGUAGAUUUCGGAAAAAGCAGCAAACAUGGCGAGAUUGGCUGAUUAUUUGAUCGUCGUGGGAUUAGAUCAGGACAAAACGGGUGCAGGAGAAGGAUGUGGGAAGAUCAUCCAGCGCUUCCCCAAAAAGGACUGGGAGGGCACAGCGUUUCCCCAGGGGGUGGAGAUGUUCUGCCAGCCAGGAGGAUGGAGGCUGUCCCGAGAGAGGAAAGCUCCCACCUUCUUCACGGUGGUGUUGACGGACAUCGACUCAGACCGACACUACUGCUCCUGCCUCACCUUCUACGAGGCAGAGGUCAACCUGCAGGGAACAAAGACCACCGAUGCAGAUGAGGAUGAGGAAGAGGAUGGCUUGAUCCAGCCUGCUCAAGUCUUUGCACCAAAAAGUCUCAUUCUGGUCUCCAGGCUGGAUUAUCCUGAAAUAUUCCGGGGCUGCUUGGGCCUGAUCUACACGGUGUACGUCGACAGCCUGCCGUUCCCCRUGGAGGGGCUGGUUUCCAACCUCUUCACGUGCAUGGUUCCUGUGGCUGGCGGCUCCCAGAAACUGUUUUCCCUGGGAGCUGGCGACCGACAGCUAAUCCAAACCCCUCUGAAUGACAACCUGCCUGUUACAUGCAAGAGUGUGGCCCUGCUCUUCCAGCAGCUUGGAAUCCAGAAUGUUCUGAGUCUUUUCUGUGCGGUUCUGACCGAACACAAGGUUUUGUUCCAUUCUACGAGCUACCAGAGACUAGGGGAGGCGUCGCGUGCCUUGGAGGCACUCAUGUUCCCCCUCAAAUACAGUUACCCAUACAUCCCCAUCCUGCCGUCACGGCUGCUAGAGGUGCUGAGCUCACCCACCCCCUUCAUCAUCGGGGUCCACUCCAUGUUCCAGAGCGAGAUCCAAGAACUGUUGGACGUUAUCAUAGCUGAUCUGGGGGGAACCAUAAAGAUUCCAGAGUGCAUCCACCUGUCCCAGCUCCCUGAACCACUGUUACACACUACAGAGACUGCCCUGUCUUUGGUUUUGCAUCCUGAUCUGGAGAUAGCUGACAAUGCCUUCCCACCCCCUCGCACAGCCCCCUCCAACCUCAAACUGUUGGAUAAGGAGGUGCGAGCCGUGUUCCUCAGGCUGUUUGCACAACUCUUUCAGGGCUACAGGUCCUGCCUGCAGCUUAUCCGCAUCCAUUCCGAACCUGUUAUCCACUUUCACAAGACUGCCUUCCUGGGCCAGAGAGGCCUGAUCGAGAAUGACUUCCUGACCAAAGUUCUGGAUGGCAGCUUCGCUGGCUUCGUGUCCGAGAGGGGUCCGCCUUACAGAGCCUGUGAUCUCUUUGAUGAGCUGGUGGCCUUUGACAUGGAGCGCUUUAGAGGGGCGGCCAGCCCUGCCAAGCUGCAGAAGCACAUGAGGGAACUCUCUGACCAACUGUACAAAAACGAGAAUCCCAACCCCCACAUGGCGUUCCAGAAAGUGCCUCGGCCCACAGAGGGCUCCCACCUUCGGGUGCAUGUGAUGCCCUUCCCCCUGUUGGACGAUGAGAAGGUGGAGCGGCUGCUGGCGGAGGGCCUGGCCAAGCAUCCCAGCGCCACUGCCAUCACUACCACCACCCGCUCAGAGAGGAAGUGUGUGGUGCCCGCCGGCCCUCCCGUGGUGUCCAUCAUGGGGAAGAUGGGCUUAGUGUUCAACAGCGCUCGCAGGCUGGAGGUGGUGAGGAGCUGCAUCUCCUUCAUCUUCGACAACAAGACCCAGGAGACGGAGAAGACCCUGCCGGCUGCGCUGCGUGCUCUGAAAGGCAAGGCGGCUCGCCAGUGUCUGACUGAGGAGCUCAGUCUGCACGUCCAGCAGAACCGGGCCAUACUGGACCACCAACAGUUUGACUACGUCAUCCGCAUGAUGAACUGUGCCCUCCAGGUGGGUCAAAGCUCGGCCAGUCUGUCCCAGUCUGUGAUGUGACUCUUUCAGAACAAA